UUCAGUCGGCUGUUUGUAGCACAGUGAUGAAGUUAUCUAUACUAUUGAGUGUAGUGGUGAUCGCAGCCGCCAGCGCUGUUCCGCGGCAGCAGCGCCAGUUUCCCGAUGACUUCAUCUUCGGCACUGCCACCGCUUCGUACCAGAUCGAGGGCGCUUGGGAUGAAGAUGGCAAAGGCGAAAAUAUUUGGGACUACAACACCCACCGCGACCCGACCAUCAUUGACGAUCAAAGCAACGGCGACGUGGCCGCUGACUCCUACCACAACUACAAGAGGGAUGUCGAAAUUAUGAGAGAACUCGGCUUGGACUGCUACCGUUUCUCACUGUCCUGGCCCAGAAUCCUCCCUUCUGGCUUCCCCAACCACAUCAACCAAGCUGGCGUCGACUUUUAUAACAACUAUAUCGACGAAAUGCUGAAAUACAACAUCCAACCCAUAGUAACUCUGUACCAUUGGGACUUACCCCAAAAACUUCAAGAGUUAGGCGGCUUUACCAACCCGUUAUUCGAAGAAUGGUUUGAAGAUUACGCAAGAGUUGCAUACAGCCUUUUCGGAGACAGAGUCAAGUUGUGGAUCACUUUUAACGAGCCUAUGCAAAUUUGCUAUCAAGGAUAUGGGUCCGUGACUAAGAUACCUCAAGUGAAUGCUACUGGGAUAGGAGAAUACCUGUGCGCUAAGCAUUUAGUGAUGGGUCAUGCGAGGGCGUACCAUGCCUAUAAUAAUGAUUUCAAGCCGUCCCAAGGCGGGCGAUGCGGGUUAGCGAUUAAUUUGCAAUGGUAUAUGCCUGAUACGGAUUCGGAAGAGGACGCACAUGCAGUGGAUUUGAUGAACCAAGCUUAUUGGGCGCUUUACACCGAUCCUAUCUACUUACCCGAAGGCGGUUUCCCCAAAGAAUUAUCAGAGAUAGUCGCCAAGAAAAGUGCUGAGCAAGGUUACCCUCGUUCCCGAAUGUUGUCCUUCACAGAAGACGAAAGGGUUUACGUCCAAGGCACUUAUGAUUUCUUAGGACUGAACCAGUAUUCAGGGAACAUCGUUUCAGCGACGAAGUAUAAAACGCCGCAAGCGGUGCCGUCGAUAUAUGAUGAUAUAGAUGUUGGAUGGACUGUUGAUGAGACGUGGUUGAAGGGCCAGGGGGCUGUGUUUUAUCUAGUCCCCAACAGUCUUUACAACUGCCUGACCCUCCUACGCCAGCGCUACAAUGACCCCGACAUCUACGUCACCGAAAGUGGCUGGUCCGGCGCUCCCGACGCUAGUCUCAUAGAUGAAGACCGGGUCACGUAUUACGCUACCAUCAUGGAACAGAUGCUGGAUGCUAUAGAUGAGGGGGUCAAGCUGAAGGGUUAUAUGGCUUGGAGUUUGCUGGAUAAUUUUGAGUGGAUGAGGGGAUAUACUGAGCGUUUCGGCCUGUACGCCGUAGACUUCUCUUCCCCCGAACGGACGCGCACUCCCCGGCUGUCUGCUUUCUUCUACAAAGAGGUGUUACGCACACGUACUGCUGUCGCAGUCGACUACCGCCCUGAAGAAUUUACUAUGAAGAUCGAUGAGGGACUAUGGGCAGCCACUCAAUAUAUAAGAAUAGGUGGCACUUUAUCUAAACGUUGUUUGCUGACGGCAGCCAUGCAGCUACUCGUCCUUUUAAGUUUAGCAGUGCUUGGCAGCAAUGCCGCAUCCGUCAAGCAGGAGAGGAGGUUUCCCGAUGAUUUCCUCUUUGGCACGGCCACCGCGUCCUACCAGAUAGAGGGCGCUUGGAAUGAAGAUGGCAAAGGAGAAAGCAUAUGGGACCACAUGACCCACAACAAGCCGCACGUGAUCAAAGAACAGACCAACGGUGACAUCGCAGACGAUACGUACCAUAACUACAAGCGGGACGUAGAGAUGAUGAGGGAAUUGGGUCUAGAUGCGUACAGAUUCUCCCUGUCCUGGUCCAGAAUCCUGCCCACCGGCUUCCCCAGCCAAGUAAACCAGGCCGGAGUUGAUUUCUACAACAACUAUAUCGAUGAAAUGCUCAAGUAUAACAUCAAGCCCAUGGUAACGCUGUACCAUUGGGAUUUGCCUCAGAAACUUCAAGAGUUGGGAGGAUUUACAAAUCCCCUCUUCAUUGAAUGGUUUGAGGAUUACGCUAGAGUAGUAUUUGCCGCAUUUGGUGAUCGAGUUAAACAUUGGAUAACGUUCAAUGAGCCUAGAGAGAUAUGCUAUGAAGGUUACGGAUGGACAACGAAAGCCCCUCAGCUGAAUGCUACUGGUAUAGGGGAGUACUUGUGCGCUAAGCACUUGGUGGUGGCUCACGCGAAGGCGUACCAUGCGUACAAUAAUGACUUCAAGCCCAGCCAGGGUGGGCAGUGUGGUAUCACGAUCAGCACUAACUAUUUCGCUCCGAUGACGGAUUCUGAGGAGGAUAAAGCGGCUGCUGAACUUUUGGCGCAAUCACAGUGGGUUAUAUACGCCGAGCCCAUUUUCUCCGAGCAAGGUGGCUUCCCCAAGGAGUUGACUGAGCGCGUCGCAGCAAAAAGCAAGGAACAGGGCUACCCCAGGUCUCGUCUUCCAGAGUUGACUGAGGAAGAGAUAGCCCUCGUGAAAGGCGCUUCGGACUUCUAUGGUGUUAAUCACUACACAUCCAUUUUGGUGUCAGCUAGUGAUUAUAAAGAAGAACAUCCUGUGCCGGGGCAGAUGGAUGACGCGGAUGCAGGCAUGUUUGUGCCGGACGAAUGGCCCAAGUCAGCGUCUGUCUGGUUAAAUCAAGCUCCCCGCAGCUUAUACAACGCCUUAACCGACGUACACAAGAGAUACAGCAGCCCAGAGAUCUACGUGACGGAGAACGGAUGGUCAUCACACGGCGGUCUGCAGGACGAUGAUCGUGUCCGGUACUACAGAGCCGCGCUGGCCGACCUGCUGGAUGUGCUGGAUGAGGGAGUCCAGCUAAAGGGAUACAUGGCCUGGAGUUUAAUGGACAAUUUUGAGUGGAUGGAGGGAUACACAGAGCGUUUUGGUCUUUACGAGGUGGACUUCGAAUCGGCCGAGAGGACGCGAACGGCGCGCAAAUCCGCGCUGGUCUACAAGCACAUCAUCGCCAACAGAGUGAUCGACCCUGACUACGAACCAGAAAAUCUCAAUAUCAGCAUAGAUGAAGGACAUUAAUGACAACUUGACUACGUUGAAGGAAUAUUAAAUUUAUUUAUAAGA